GAGACAAAGGGGGCUGUUAUUUACCCCGAGUAAACUUCCCCCGGCCAGCCCGCGAGCGGGGCAGCACCCCCGGUUGUUGCCACGACCCCCCUCCCCAACUUGUUCAGAGUGAUAAAACCGCAUGUGAUAACGAAAACCCUAAGAUCAUGUGACUCUUGCUGCUUGGAGCGCGGCAGAAUGUGCGGUUUUGAGCCUUGGCUGUAUUUACCGCGCCUCGUCGGUGCCUUGUGAAGUUGCUAAGAAUAGUUUUGUUGGCCGUAGCGUCUGCCAUCUUCAAGAUGCGAUUGUUUCAUUGAAGAACAGGAUUUGAAACUCCACAGCAAACCUCCAGGGAGAGCAGAUCUCAGCACACCUUCAGAACCGUUCAUUUAGUCACAGUCCAACUAAUUGUUGGCGUCCUUAAACUUCCAGUGAACCAUUUAAAGAGAUUCUCCUUCCUUGUCUGAAAAUGAUGCAUCCUGUUGCCGGCAGUAAUCCAGCGUUCUGUGGGCCUGGCAAACCUUCCUGCCUCGGUGAAGAUGCCAUGAGAGCUGCUGACCAGUUUGAUAUAUAUUCUUCCCAGCAAAGCAAAUACGGCCACACAGUCAGCCACAAACCAAUGGUUUGUCAGAGGCAAGACCCAUUAAAUGAAACACACUUGCAGCCUCCCAGUGGCAGAAACAUAGAGAUAAAAGAUGAACUAAAGAAAAAGAAAAACCUCAAUCGAUCUGGUAAGCGCGGCCGGCCUUCGGGAACCACCAAGUCAGCGGGAUACCGGACCAGCACAGGCAGACCCCUGGGAACUACCAAAGCAGCUGGAUUUAAGACAAGUCCAGGCAGACCUUUGGGUACAACCAAAGCUGCAGGGUACAAGGUCAGCCCAGGGAGGCCUCCAGGUAGCAUUAAAGCUCUGUCCCGGCUUGCAGAUCUUGGCUAUGGCUGUGGUACUGCUGCCUUUCCUUACCCCAUGAUGCAUAGCAGAGUGGUCCACGGGGUGCAGGAAACCAGCGGGGAAGUCAAGCCACCCAGUGAAUGAGCGAGGCAGGCAGGGGAGCCCAAGUUAGCAGUAGACUGAGGCCUUCCGAAGCUUCUUGGUUCCAUUUGACUCUGCCACCUGGACUCCGGUUUGUUUUCUGUUGAUCUCCCUCACUCCCCAUUCCUUCCUUCCUUUUUGCUCAGAAGCUGCCUCGUGUUGACAGAUAAGCUUAGGGCAGGAGUAGUACAUUGAGUCUAUAUUGAGUCUAUAUUGAGUCUAUAUUGUACAAGGUUCAGACAACACUCAGCUAAGUCAUUUUUGCUUUCCCUUUGGGCCAUUCUUAGUGGAUGCUUCACAGGCUAACUGGCUGCCACAGUUGACUUUCAGUUGUGAGUAAACCAGUGCAGUAAGGUUUACCUGUCGCAUUCUAACUAAUGAGGCAGAACAGCAACUAGUGAAGAGACCAAAGGGUGUGGCUGUGAGUUUAGAACUUCCAUGAAAUAAGACACAGUUUGGAUGCUUUGGAAUGUAAGACACACUUGCUAUUUAUUGAUUCACAUGACAUUAGUUGAUCAUCAUUCCUAAAGAUUGUCUACUACUCGAUAAUUACAGCUUAUGUUUUCCAGGUGCUUAAGAGCGUAUAUACCACACACUACAAACAAUUCAUAAACCCACACAUUAUAUUUAAUGUACAAGAAAAAGAAACCUUUAGGUCUGCAUGUAACUAUAAUCAUUCUACUUUGUCUUUCAUAUACUUAAAUGAGUUUCAAAGUAUUAUAUUUAAAAACAUUACUAUUACUCAUUUAUUUAGAAUGUUUUUUUAGUCUCUCUGAGUAAUUGUUAUUAUAUUGCAUUAUUACUUAACUGCAUUUUCAGGUUUAUAUCUACCAAAGGAUACAAAUUGAGUGAUAGAAUGCAAAACUGGUCUAAAAAUAGUCUCCUGGCUGUCAAGACCCAAAUACCAAGAGAUGUAAGAACUGAGUAUUUGUGAACCUGAGUGCUGGUUAGCUUAAAAAUGGCAUUGUGGCUCCCAAAAGAAAUCUCCUCUCCCUAGGGAGACUUGCUUUAAAAGCUAUAUAGAAAAGAGAAAAAUAUUGGACACAUAGGUGUAAUUACAGAAGAAUAUCUUCCUUUCUGAAAUAUUUCUUGUUAAUAUACAUUUUAUUUAUUCUGAGUUUGUUCUAAAUAAAAUAUUAUGAACUUUAGAAUUGAAAAGCUUCAGUGGGCAGUGGUGGCACACACCUUUAGUCCCAGCACUCGGGAAGCAGAGGCAGGUGGGUCUCUGAGUUUGAGAGGUGUACAUAGUGAUUUCUAGGACAGCCAGCACUAUAUAGAAACCCUCUCUUAACAAAACAGAGCAAAAGAGAAUGAAAAGCUUUCACUGAACUUAAAAAAUUAUGUUUUUUACUUGCAUUUCAAAAUGCCUUUAAUAUUAAAAUUAGAUUUACAGGACUCAAAACUUUAGAAAUAACCAAAUUUAAAAGGACACGGACCUGUUGGUUAGGCUUGCUCUCAGUUCAUGCAAACUGACUGCACGUAAAUACCAUGUUUUAGGCCUUUAUCAGGAGACAAGCAGCAAACCUCAGGUGCCCCAGGGAUAGCUGACACAAGCUGGGCUUCUGCUCUGACAAUAAGAGGUGUUACACUGCAUGAGAGGACAGUGGCCUCAACAGUACAAGCUUUGCACAAAUUGUAGGGGACAGCGAACAAUGCUGGGUAACUAUACAACCAACUGUAUCUUGUGGGCAGCUAAACUGCUUCAAGGGUUUCUUCUUGCAGAAGCUUAGAAUAUAAAACUUGUGAUAGUUUACGAAGUACAGUGUAACUUCUGACACACGCAAAUGCCUGCAUCUUCAUUCAUGUCUUCAUCUGGUCACUUGAGUAUCCGUCACCUAGCCAGUUCUGAAGAUGUUCAGCAGUUGGCUGCUUAGAAAUCCUUGCACGCCUAAUUAGUUCCUGAAGACAGUUGAAACGUUCUACUAUAGAAUAGCGCACACCACUGUCAAGGAUUUGGUACGUGUUGUGUUUCAGAGUAAGUUCACUUCCCAUCCUUUCAGUUUGGUGUCAUGCCUGGUUUUGUGCCCUUCUGUUCCUCCUUGCCCUUUUCCCACCUCUCUCUCAGCUCUCCAGCACACCUACUCGGUGGUGCUGUGCUGUGUGUCAGAAGACGGAGUGGGUGUAUUGUACAGUGAGCCUUGUAUCCAUGUUCAUGAGAUGGACACAGUUUAAGGAGAGAUGUUCCUAACAGUGUUAUUAUUGGGAGCGUUUGUCCCAGGAAAGGGGAAUGAGUGGCUACAGUUGUAGAUGGAUAACAUCACUUAGAAAACUGAAAUUACUGUUCCAGUGAGCAGUUACCUGGAAUAUUAUACUCCACACUGGUGAACAUCUGAUUCUACUUUUCUCCUUGUGGACAGUUUAUUAGUGCCACGCUGGAGAGACACAGAUGUGAUGACAGGAAUGAGGUCUUCACAUAGAAAAUAUUUUUACUUCUACAUGGUCGAUCUAAAGACUGCAUUCUGCAUCUUUUGUAACACGACAGACACUGAAAUAGCAUGUUAAACAGUUGCCUAGAUGUCAGUAUAUUCAGUUGGGGAAAACUGCCCUUCCCCCCACUGCAUAAUUGUUCCGUAAAAGGUAAAUUGCUAAUUUUAUACUGCGUGAUUCUAUUCUUCAUAAAAUAGGUUUCACUAUUCUAUAUUAAAACUGUUUGUCAGAAAAUGAUCUACUAUUCCAGUAAGUUGUUUUACUUUUUUCUUAAAAGGAUAUUUUAACAUGCUGUAUUUAUUAUUGUUAUAACAAAAAAGGAGUCGAUACAGAUAAAAUUUCAUUUUCCACAGGUAUCACUUUGCCUAACUAAUCUUUAGUAUGGGGUGAUUUUGAUACUAUCUUUGGAGUUUUGCACUGGAUAUUAAAAAAAUAUAUUGGCACAAUAUAUUGAAAAAUUAAGUAGUAUUUGAUUUAAUUUUUAAUAUCUGGGAACAUUUUUUUAAAAUCAGUGUUUAAAUCAGACUAAUAAUUCUUUGUAUUUUUAAUUUACUUUUUAAAAAGAAACAUCUGUCAAUGUGGUAUUUAUUCAUUCCAAACUGCUGUUUGUGUGAAUUUACAUAUGUGUUUUCAUGAAAUAAGAAUACUGAGUUUCUUUGAGGUAAAAUCUGGAUCCAUUUAAUUUGAGGUUAAGGGCACUUCAUCCAGUGUAAGAAUGACCACAGUGUGAGUUUAGACAGUGAACUUCUUUCAAAAGCAGUUCAGGGGGUGUGGUGUUGGUAACCCCUCUGUCAUCCCUUGGCUGUAUGCAGUAAGCUUUUAUGGUCCGUUAGUCAGAUUGUAACUCAAAAAGGUCUGAAUUUUUCCUUUGCUUUUCUCCCUUUACCUCCAAGUAGACAAAUCUGUGCUUUCACUUGUAGUGUUUAAGUUUUUGAGAAUUAGUGCUGUAGCAAGUCAGUUCUAUGAUUUAAUCAGGCCAUUCUGAUUCUUUGAUUCACAAUUUGCUUUUUCCACAGACAAUUAUGAAGCAAAUAAUUAACACUUAACUGAUAAUAAGCACGUUGUCCUCUGCUGUAAAGUCUGAAUAGAUACUGUGUAUGUUUUAAUCAGUGUCCAUGAACUUGAGCUACUCGUGUGCAAUUAUGUGUAUGGGAAUGGAGUAGUGUUCAUGAUUUGUAUCUGCAUCAUCAUACGGAUGUAUAUUUAUUAAUAAAGUCAUCACUUUAAGCCAA